AGCCGCCAUCUGAUUGGUCGCCCGGGCGAGUCGGGCUGCCACCCGGGUUGGAGUGUAGAAGGAUUCGCGAAGGGAUUUAUUGUUUCUUUUCCCAUCGGAAGCUGAAAUUGGUUUGCUAUCCACGCAAGGCUUCGGUCAGAUAAAGAGUGGGAUAUGGCUGGUGGCAAGGCAGGAAAAGACAGCGGAAAAGCCAAGGCCAAAGCGGUGUCUCGCUCGCAGAGGGCCGGACUUCAGUUCCCAGUGGGUCGCAUUCACAGGCACUUGAAGACCCGCACCACCAGCCAUGGUCGCGUUGGAGCCACAGCAGCGGUGUACAGUGCUGCCAUCCUGGAGUACCUCACGGCUGAAGUGCUGGAGUUGGCAGGCAACGCGUCCAAAGACUUGAAGGUGAAGCGUAUCACUCCUCGUCACUUGCAACUAGCCAUCCGUGGCGACGAGGAGUUGGACUCGCUCAUCAAGGCCACCAUCGCUGGCGGAGGCGUCAUCCCCCACAUCCACAAGUCCCUCAUCGGCAAGAAGGGCCAACAGAAGACGGUUUAAACGCCCCCUUCACCUUCCUUCCCUGGCCUUGGCUUUUGAUUGGACCAGAGGUUCACAAUUGUCCUUCUUCUUGUUGUUGUUAUUAUUUUUACUAUUAAUGUUUUAUGACGGCAAACCAAGAGUGAGUGUCAGGGUUUGUCCCCCCACCCCCCACUCAAUUAGGACAAAGAAAGACUUAAUGAGCCUUUGUGUGUGUGGUUAGAAUGCUUGACUGGGAGUUGAAAAACAGCGACAGUGAAUUUGUUUGAUUGGCCUGUUAUGUUUUGUAUUGAAAGAAAAAAUUGUUAAAAGCGUUUUAUAUGUAUAUCUAACUGAAAUUUGUUUUACGGUUACUAUUUUGAUGAUAUUUACUAUAGUGCACAAUAUUUUUGAACGGCGCUUUACAGAAUAACACUUAAAUGUGCAACAGUGCUUUUCACCUUUUUGUUUUCUGAUCCGCAAAAUUUUAUAAGUAUAAAGACCUUUUUUUUAUGACAUUGAAAUGAAAAAUUGUGAGAGCAAUUGUAUUUGGAGUGCAAAAGUAUUACAAAAAACUUGAAUAUUUGUUGGCACUGAACCCUGCAGGUGUGGCCUCACUGUGACAUAUCGCGACGUUUCCUGAACCUCAGCAGGGCUUUAGCACUCAUUGUGUUUACGUUUGUGCGUCUUUGUGUGUGUGUGUGAGUAUGACACCUGAAUUCAACUCCAUGACUUUCUUUGAAUGAAAAUCACAAUCAUUUCUUCUUUUGUACAAUCUGUGUUAAAGAACUUGACUAUUUUGUCUUUUUAAAUAAAAUCCCUUUGUAUGCGA